GCACCUCUCAUUUUGAUUCAGAGACUUUCGAUAAUGAUUUCGAUUAACAGCAGCAUUUCAAUCUCGCCUCCAUCUAUAAUCCAGAUCAUCUGGUAUCCUUUCCGUGUGGUAUCUGGUUUUAUCUUCAGGGUCUUACUUCGAUGGAAGCCGGAAAAGAGUGCUGUAGAAGACGUGCACACAUCUACAUCCAAGUCAAAUACAGCUACUCCCGUGACUCCUGCCCAUAUCGAAGUUAUUGAAGUCCGUCCAUAUCAUCCUCCUGGCGUGACCAAGAUUAUUGACCGUGGCGGUGGAAGCUUCAUUGGUCUCGUUGAUGAAACCACUGUUCUAAAAUAUCCCUGUCCUCCAGGCGACCGUAAAGGCAUUGAAAUUGAAGCCGAACUUCUCGAAAUCCUUAAAAAGCAUCCGAGGAUCAUUGCUUCAAAAGGCCUAAAUAAGUAUGGUUUGGCAUUACAAUAUGCAAAAAAUGGGAGCCUUUACAAAUACAUCACUUCCGGACAUCAUGAAAUUGCUGUUGAGCAAAGACUGCGUUGGUGUAAACAGGCUGCUGAGGCUGUGAAGUAUAUACAUGAGAAGAACAUCAUCCAUUGUGAUAUUAAUCUCCGGAAUUUUCUGCUUGAUGACAAUUUCGACAUUGUGCUUGCUGACUUCCAGGGGAUGCUGAAAUCACCCCGCGGUGAAACAUUGAUGGACGGGUUAUCGCGAGAAUGUUCAAAAUCGUUUAUGCCGCGGAGUCAUGGGGACUACGCUGAUGUGAAGACUGAUAUUUUUGCACUGGGUUCUGCGAUUUACUUCAUCAUGUUGGGGCAUGAAUUGUUCCCAGAAUUGGAUAGCCUGGAACAUGACGAGGAGAUAGCAUCGCGGUUUCGAGACGGACGCUUCCCCACCGAAGAGCACGCAUGCUCUCAAAUUACAGAUAAAUGCUGGAGACAAAUGUUCAAUUCCGCGGCAGAUGUCAUAGAUGACAUCUCUCAAAUUCAAGGACGAUUUGGGAACCACCGUUAA